GGGAAGAAUGAAACAACUGAGAAUGGGCGUCGUAAUUGGCAGUUUUGCACUUUUAAUUGUGCUAGCUCUUUCUGCAUUUCUGAUCUUGCGAUACCGUCGUUGGUCAUACAAAAAGGUUAUGUACGAAGUUAAUGAAGCUGGAUUUAUUGAGGAUGUCUCUCUACGAGCAUUUACUUACUGUCAACUCGAAGUUGCAACGAAUGGCUUUGUCGAACAACUGGGAAGGGGCUCUUUUGGGACAGUUUUCAAGGGCGCUUUAUCAAAUGGGCAGAGGAAAAUUGCUGUCAAAAGACUUGAAAAAGUGGCGGCUGAAGGAGACUUGGAAUUCCGGAAAGAGAUGAGGUCUAUUGGAAGAACACACCAUAGAAACCUAGUUCAGCUACUAGGUUACUGCCAUGACGGUCCCAACAGGCUAUUGGUGUAUGAGUAUAUGAGCAAUGGAACACUGUCUGACUACCUUUCCAAAUCUCAAAUAAAGCCAAACUGGGAAGAAAGAAUUAAAAUCUCUUUAAAUAUUGCUAUAGGGAUCCUCUACUUACACGAGGAAUGCGAGACCCAAAUUAUUCACUGUGACCUCAAUCCCAACAACAUAUUAAUAGACGAGCAGGGGUGUGCAAAAAUUGCAGAUUUUGCAUUGGCAAAGCUAUUGAUGCCAGACCAUUCCCGGACUCUAACCGGGAUAAGAGGAACAAGAGGGUAUGUUGCCCCUGAGUGGCACAAGAACUUGCCCAUCACAGUAAAAGCAGAUGUGUAUAGUUUUGGAGUUGUGUUCUUGGUCAUUAUAUGCUGUCGCAGGAGCAUUGAUGUCAAUGCUCCCGAAGAAGAGGCUAUUCUUGUUAACUGGGUCUACGACUGUUUCAAGGCUAAUGAAGUUAGCAAGCUGGUGCCUGAAGAAGUUGAUCAGCAAUGCUUGGAGAGGAUGAUUAGAAUUGGGUUGUGGUGCAUAGAAGAAGACCCAGCAGCUCGCCUUUCAAUUAAGAAGGUGGUUCAGAUGUUGGAAGGAACCGUAGAGAUACCCGAACCUCCAUGCGCACAAUCUUCAUUUCAGCAUUAGUUCUUCAUUACACAU